CUUUCUGAACGAUUUCCACUGAUGCCAUUUCUUUCCUUUUGUUAUUAUUAUUAUUUUUGACGAGCAUAUUUCUGAACCACAUUCCAGCAGCAGCAGCUUUGGUUUUUGGGAGUUUAUUCCUUGCGUAACAUAAUCUUGGUGUGUCUGCCCCUCCUUGUUCCUGCGAGCCGAGGGAGCAGCCGCGACACCACCCACCCCCAUCGCCUUCCUCCCUCCUCCUUUUCUUCCUUCAUUCUGCACGGACAGCCGAGCUGAGCGCGGCUCGCCUCGUCAUGUUUACGAAGCGCGGCGUGGAGAAAACCACCGCCGUCCCACUGGAAUGAUCCGACACGGAAUCCCCCCUCCCUCCCUCGCCUUCAUCCCCUGCCGGAUCCGGACUUGGACCUGUGCGUAAAAACGCGAGACGGCAUCAGUCAGAUAUCCGCCGUGCGGUGAUUUGAGCGGAGGAUCGUCUCCUCUUCUUUUUCUCCUGCACCACGCGCCCCAUUACAUAGGGAGGGAAUCCAUCUAAUUUUGAAAAAAUAAACAAAACAAACAACAACAAAAGAAAACAGCUCCUGUUGGAAUUCUAGAGGAGCAGGGACGUAAAGAAGAGCAUGGAGGCCCUGCUGUCUGUGCUGAAGGGCCACCCUGGCCCAGCGGUGCUGGUCUGCUCUCUGCUGUUCAGGGUGGCCCACCAGCUGCUGCAGAGGCUGCCCGUCCCCACUGUGGUCCGGCAGGACGCCUUCCGCUCCUGGAAGUGGAAGAACCUGUCCGUGUCCAUGGUGCACUCGGUGCUGACCGGGACCUGGGCUCUGACCUGCGCGGUGAUCUGGCCCGAGACGCUCAGCAACAUCCACAAAUUUCACAACACUCUGUCCUACCUGCUUAUCUGCGUCUCCACAGGUUACUUUGUGCAUGAUGCAGGCGAUAUCAUUCUGACGGGACACGGCAGAGGAUCAUGGGAGUUUUUACUCCAUCACGCGAUGGUGAUCUGGUGUUUCCUGUACGCCCUCUACACCCAGCUCUACAUUGCCGGUGCUUUGAUCGCCCUCUUCGUGGAGGUCAACAGCGUCACCCUGCACUUGCGGCUGAUGCUGAAGCUGGCCAAUGCUCAGUCCUCCUCCAUCUACCACAUCAACAAAAUCGUCAACCUCUUCACCUACGUCAUGUUUCGCCUCGGCACCCAGUUCUACCUCACCUGGUACAUCGUCCACAACUACUCCUGGCUGGACCACGGUGGGUACUUCCUCAUCACCAUGAUGAUGAUGAACAUCAUGAUGGUGAUCUAUUUCUACCGUUUGCUCCGCACGGACUUCUUUCCCCGAAGCAAGAGGUACACGGGACAGAACGGCACACACAACAACAACUCCAAGAAGUUUCUCAGCGACUGACCGGGGGGAGCGGCUUACAGGACUGCCCCAUGUAUUUAAUUUAAGACGGAAAGUUUACAGAUUUUGUUGUGUUUUCAUACUAACAUAUGCUUGUGAUAACAGAUUCACUGCCAAAGAAUAAGCUCCCCAAAACACGUAGCCUUUUUCGGGUGCUGCUAUUACACAGAAAUUUUAAAGUAGGAAAUUUUAACUAAAUUCAACACGAGUCUAAGUGAAAACUGACAAAUCCUUGAAAUUGUACAAGUUUUGGCGUAAUGGACAAUGUUUUAUUCGCUGGAAUACCUAGAAGGUUUCUUAGAUGUUUUGUAAAAAUGUGAUCAGCAUUUAUCUUGAUCGCUUUCCUACUGAAGGUUAAAAUGUAACUUUGGAAGGACUCAAACUUUUGGCCUUUAGACCAAUUUUUCUGACCAGCUCAUAUAAAGCAUAAAGUAACUACAUAAUAAAAUAUACAGAGUCAAUUGGGUAGUGAUAGCACUGAGUGGGAUUUAACAUUAAAUUCUGUAUCAAAUUGUGUAUAAGCACUGUGUGCUAAUGAUUAGUAUGGAUACAUAAGAAGUAGGGGAAGCUUGGCUUUAUGGAAUAGAUUCUUAAAUUGACGUAUUCAACAUUAAUGGAAAGAUAAUAACAAGCAGUGUGAUGUAAAUAGAUUUUGGUCUGUUUUGUUUUCCUGUGAGCAGUGAUUCUUUUUAAAAAGUGAUCCACUAAUGGUUAUGUAGAAGUGACAAAAACCACCUUUAAAGUUAUUGAUCGUUUGAUAAUGUAAUGCUUGUAAAAUACAUUCAUUAGCCUUAUUUAACAAUGAAAAGAAUGAUGACCAUCCUAUGUCUGUAAGCUAAAUAUAAAGGAUAUGCCACAGAUCUUUCCUUUGUACUAAUAUUAAGGCUGGAACUAGUCGGGAUGUCAGCAAUAGAAUAAGAAUACAAACAACUUGUUCCACCUAGUUUUCAAUGGAAACAUACCAACGAGAGAAAACAAAUUAAUAAAAAUAAAUUAUGUUAAGUAAUGAGCUUUAGAGAUGUCCAUAAAUGUUGCCAGUUUGCUCUCUCAACAGUUAAUUUGUCUGCUAUUCUAGGGUUUGUAGGAGUAUUUUAAUAUUUAAAAUAAAAUCUAAACAGUUAAAAUGUUAGAAAUACCUUGUUUACACAGUUGUAUAUUAGGGAUUUUAAUGUUGAAGUUCUGUGACACUCAAAUAUUGCUCAAAACAUAAAAAGUGACCCUAACAACUUCGACCUGAAUGACCAUUGUAGCCUAUCAGUGAGUGAAUGAAAUGCAGUUAGCAUAGCCCAUAUGAGAUUACAGAAUUAAUGGUUGUUAACUUAAAAAAAAAUCUAGUUAUUGAUUUUAUAAUAACCUUUGUUUUAAUUUUAACAACAGUGUUGCAUUCCUGACACUAUUAAUAUUCUUGCAGCUAUCGAGCUAAACACUAUUUAGCUAGAGGUAUGUAGCUUCUCUUUUAUUAUUUAAUAUGACACUAAUUAGAGAAAUGUUGUUAACUUGUUAGGUAGUAUGUUUAAAGAAGGUAAUAUAUAACUUUUGUUUUACUUUUCAAAAAGCAUUUUUUUCUUAUUCAUUCCCAGCCUAAAUGCUACAAGCUAGCUGCCUAUUUAGCUUACAAACAUGAGAAUGGUACUGAUAGUUUCAUUAAAAUCUCUCUCGGAAUCAACAUUUUAUUAUAACUAAAGCAAAAAAAAAAAAAAAGAAAGAAAAGAAAAAGUAAAAGAUUUAAGUAUAGUUACAAUUUACCUUUAUAGGUGCUAGGUGGAUUUUCUUAUUUAAUGUGAUGUUGCUAAUGUUUUGAGUCAGGUUGACUGUUGUCUGCAACUUUAAAUGGGCACUGGAUACAAACGAGGUACUGAAAUUAUUUAUAACUUUUUAUUAUUUGCUCCCAGAAUGCUAACAUCUUGUGGUAAUGUUACACUUGUCCAUUGAAGUAUAUGUUAAGAAUGUUGCUUUUUGUACUGCACACUCACUAUACUUGCAAUAUAUUUUACAUCUGCAUGGGUAAAAGUGGUUUUUUUUGUAGGGGUUUUUGACUAAUGUUGACACUUAGAAUUUUCUGAAUUUGCAUUUUAAUAUUGUAUAAUUAUGUGGACCAAUCCUUCUAUCUCUAUGAAGCCAUGUCUCCAGGUAUGGCUGAAGAGAUGCUGGACCGGACAGAGUUGUUCAUGACCAAUUGAACUUCUAACAUGCUAUGAUGCAGGAUUAUUUUUGGGCCUUUCUAUGACUCUUUGAUCAAAUCUGUUUCUAUCUGACUCCAGUGGAGCUGAAACCGGAUCUUUCUGCCGUCUGUUCGCAAGGAACAAUAACCCUGAAAAUAAUCCUUCACACUGAGCAGGCAGCAGCACAAUCGUGUGGUCAGACACUGUGUAUCUCUUGCUGGUUUGGUUAAUAGCGACACUUUGGAGAUUAUCAAUUUAUAAAUAUUGAACCUGAUCGACGUAUGUCUCCUCUUUCUCUUAUUUCCUCAGAAAUGGAUGUAAAACACUUUGUAAAUAUUUGUCCUCAAGUGCACAUUCCUUUAGAUCAUUUUGUUUUUUUCAUUUUUAAAGAUGUACAUGUUUGUUGGCUCUAAGUGGACUUGAUCAUUCCAUUAGUCGUAACUGCUGAUGACAGUAAAAUUUUACUGACAAGUUUAUUCCUCAAACACAACAUUAGAAGCCAUCCAGUCUUCCUCAUUGAAGACUGGAGGGCAGUCUUGCUCCAUGGAAGACUGGAGAGAAACAUGGACAAGUUUGGAUCCUGAGACAUUGGCAAUAUAACCUUUGAUUUAUUUCCAAAAAGGCAUGAGGACGUUGCAAGUGCUAAAUCAUCAGCGCGUAACAAAACAAGCCCCGUAUAACUCUCUUUACCAAUAGUUAAUAGUGAUAAUGUUGUGGCUGAUUGAUAUAAACUUCAUUUUAUAUUUCAACCACCACCAAGAAAAAAAGGCAGACAGAGCUGAUGUGCGUCUGACCUUUGCUGUUGUGCCUUCACACCAAAGUGCCUUUUGAACAUAAGCAGAGACUACAAUAACUAUGAGUUUCCCACACAAUGAAGGGAAGGAGUUACAACAGUUAUUUCAAUUGAUCAUGAGCACAAUAAUGUAAAUGACUCUUGUAUUAAAAGUGUCUUUCGAAUCACUGAGUGAAUAAAAAAGUUCUUAAAAUCA